AUGAACGUUACCGCUCUAUAUCAGGCCUACCAGAAUAAAUUGGGUGGCAGUGACAUGAAAUUGAAGACCCUGUUUGGGGCCUGUUUACUCCACAUUAUCAGCCAUUAUUUCGUGCGAUGGGCAAAAAGUUUUAUUCUGAUAAUAUCGACGGAACGAGAAUCCAGUUCGAUUUUCUAUAAUGAUAUACUGGAUGAAGCAUAUACCGGAUGGGGACAGUAUGUUUUGCAAAUUGUCAAUGUGCAGAAGGGAGAACGACGCCGUUUGGAUGAUAUAACCGAUUUCAAUAUGGUCCUGGUUGAUUCAUAUGAAAGUUUUGUAGCAACGGAUCUAACAGCCCACACCUGGGAUAAUGACCACAAUGAAUACUAUUACAUCUUUCUUAAGAGAUCAGAUUCAAUGGUGCGUAUGGAUAUGGAAAAAAUAUUCGAAUAUUGUUGGCGGAAACAUUUAAUUAACUGUAAUAUUCAAAUACAAACGGAUAAGGGCGAAAUUGAAUUGUAUACCUACUACCCUUUUACACCGCAAAAUUGUGGCAUAGUUGAAAUUGUCCGCAUAAAUACUUUUAAUGGUACAUCAAUGUCGAGAACGAUUACAUUGUUUCCAAAUAAAUUGAAAAAUUUUUAUGGCUGCCCUCUUCGAGUGGCCGUUUGGAAUAUACCACCAUUUUUAUCGGUAACAACCGAUGCGGAGGGAACGCUCCAAUUGGAUGGUGGCUUUGAGGGGCGUCUAUUGAAAGUUUUGAGUAAGCGAUUUAAUUUCAAAAUUGAAAUCCAAUUAUUUGAUGAGAGUGGUCGGGGUAAGAUAUUCCCGAAUGGAUCCACCACGGGAGUUUUAAAGAUGUUAAACGAUCGCAAAUUGGAUUUAAGUGUGGGUUCAUAUCAUCACAAUGCUGAACGAAAUAGGGUGGCCACAUCAAGUGUCAAUUACUAUCAAUCAAUUAUAUCGGUGGUGAUGUUGAGAAGUGCAUUACGCAUAAGUAAAUCAGAGGUCCUAAUACACCCCUUUCAAACGAGCACAUGGCUGGUGUUAUUACUCACUAGUGCGGUGGUCGUCUUGGGUGUCUACACCCUUCGUUAUUUACGCCAUACACCGGCGGUCCAACCAGUCACCGAUGUCUUCGUCAGUCUAUUGGGAAUUCCUUUUGUCUAUAUGCCACCAUAUAAGGAGAUGCGUGUCUUUGCCAUGGCGUGGAUGUUCUUUACCCUGAUUCUUCGUAGCAUCUAUUUGGGUUAUCUCUUUCACAUGAUUCGGUCGCAUCUGCAGAUUAAACCACCAGUCGAUUUUAAUGAUUUAAUAAAUCAUAAUUUCCACAUUGCCGUUAGUCAGGCUAUAAAUAACAUAAUAAAACACACCUCGGAACUGCAAGGUCUUAACUACACCAUCUUACCGAAUACGCCCGAAAGUUAUACUCUGGAAUAUUUAUUAACAUUGCCCAAGGAACAUGCCAAACAUACUGUCGGAGUAUCGGUAAUAGAUUAUUUGCAAUAUAAUAUUCGUGUCAUGCGCAAGAGGGAGGUAUUUCAAAUAAUUCCGUAUGAUAUAAUUGGAUUUAAGACCUGUAUCUAUAUGGCCAAACAUUCGUAUUUGAGUAAUCAAUUAAACGAUUUUCUAAUAUGGACGACUGAUUUCGGCUUAAUUGAAUAUUGGAAAAAAGCCCAAUUGGAUACGGGUUAUAUAAACAAGAAAUAUCACCGCGAAGAUGAAUUAUUCGAUAUGUCGGAAUUGAGUACAGUAUUUUAUGCGGUGAUUUUGGGUGAUGUUGUAGCUGUCGUGGUAUUUCUUAUGGAAGUAUUUUAUCACACAAAUUGGGUGAAUAAAAAGAAUGAUUAA